CGUCAUUCCCCAACGAAGACUUGACCUUUUUCCCCUCUCAUCUCCUCAAAAUCUUCUCUUCAUCGACACAAUGGCGUCGAGAGCUGUCACCACGAGACCGCUGGUCUCCGGCGGCGCUGCCAUUGGCGUCACCCGUGUCGUCGCUCGUGGCUUCGCGACUUCACCUCGCAGAUUCCCCGUGUUGAGCGCAUCGCUCCGGAAUGAGCAGAAGCGCAGCACCAUUCGCACCCCUACAGCCUCCUUCCAACAGACCUUCAAACGCGCCUACGCUGACCAGCCCAUUGUGGCGCAAAAGACGAAGAGACGGUCAUGGUCUUUCUUCCGCUGGACGUGGCGGCUCACGUAUCUCAGUGCCGUGGGUGGCUUGUUCUACACUGGAUAUAACAUCUACAAGAGCAAAUACCCUCCGGACCAAGAUCCCCCCGAUCCGAACAAGAAGACGCUUGUUAUUUUGGGUACUGGAUGGGGAUCGGUCUCUCUUUUGAAGAGUUUGGACACCUCCAACUACAACGUCAUUGUCAUCUCUCCCCGCAACUACUUCCUCUUCACCCCCUUGCUUCCCUCCUGCACCACCGGCACCAUUGAACACCGCAGCAUCAUGGAGCCCAUCCGAAACUUCCUUCGCCACAAGAAGACCGCCGUCCAAUUCUACGAGGCCGAAGCGACCAAGAUCGACUACGAGAAGAAGGUUGUGUACGUCAGUGAUGAUUCGGAAGUCAGAGGCGACACUUCAAAGACGGAGGUGCCGUUCGACAUGCUGGUGGUUGGCACUGGGGCGGAGAAUGCGACUUUCGGCAUUCCCGGCGUCAAGGAGCACAGCUGCUUUCUGAAGGAGGUCGGUGACGCACAAAAGAUCCGCAAACGCAUCAUGGACUGCUGUGAGACGGCGACGUUCAAGGGCCAAGAGCCUGAGGAAGUCAAGCGCUUGUUGCAUAUGGUGGUGGUUGGCGGCGGGCCGACUGGCGUGGAAUUCGCCGGCGAGCUCCAGGACUUCUUCGAGAAUGACUUGCGAAAGUGGAUUCCCGAGAUUGCAAACAACUUCCAUGUGACGCUCGUGGAAGCUCUGCCUUCGGUGCUGCCCAUGUUCUCCAAGAACCUCAUCGACUAUACCGAGCAGACGUUCAAGGAGGAGACGAUCGAAAUCCGCACCAAGACGGCGGUGAAGAACGUGACCGACAGGUACAUCGAAGCCGAGCAUGUGGACGCGUCGGGCCAAAAGGUCCUGGAAAAGAUUCCGUACGGCCUUUUGGUCUGGGCCACCGGCAACGCCGUGCGACCGGUCAUCAAGGACCUCAUGGGACAAAUUCCGGCGCAAAAGGACUCCCGCCGUGGACUGCUCGUCAACGAAUACCUCGUCGUGAAAGGGACGGACAACAUCUGGGCAGUCGGAGACUGCGCCAUCGCCAACUACGCUCCCACCGCCCAAGUGGCGGCACAAGAGGGCUCCUUCCUCGCACGCCUCUUCAACCAGAUGGCCAAGACCGAGGAGAUUGAGUCGGAAUUGCACGGCCUCUCCGAAGCGCAAGAAAAGGCGCCCAACAAGGAAGCGCGCGACAAGGUAUUCGGGCAGAUGAAGGAUCUUCAGAAGCGUUUGAGGAGAGUCAAGCAGAUGGGGCCGUUCGAAUACACGCACAACGGUAGUCUGGCGUACAUUGGAUCGGAGAAGGCCGUUGCGGACAUUAGUUGGUGGACGGGCAAUCUCGCCACCGGCGGACAGUUGACCUACUUUUUCUGGCGCAGUGCAUACUUGAGCAUGUGCUUCAGCACUCGAAAUCGUAUCCUCGUGAUCAUGGACUGGAUCAAGGCAAAGACCUUUGGCCGGGAUGUGUCUCGAGAGUGAAUGGAGGGCUUGUGUGAGUGACGAAACGGGCGCGUGGUUUUGACGUGGCCGUCCAUGGAUCGGUUCAAUGUCCUGUAUGUAUAAGGCACGGGGUGGCGGGAGUAUGGGGACGUCAUUGGGGCCGGUCAUCUCAUGAAAUUGAGCAGGAUGAUGACAUGGGAUUGACUAGACUGAAGUGUGAUGUAUGAGCAACGACGUU